AUGCCCCACCCAGGCGAUGGAUGGCAAGCAUCAGAGAUGGAGGGCAUGGAGGCUGUGGAGCACGCGAUUGACCCACAGAUGCUGCACAUUUCGUACUGCAAAGCAGGCUGUGACGAGGAAACGGAAACAGUCUACGAGGAUGCAGCAGAAGCUGGGGAGCAUCCGCGGCUCCUUGUCUCACUGAAAGCCGUCAGCGCCCUGAAGCUUCUCUGCGAGCAUGAGCAAGCCAGGUGUGACAAGGUCAGUCGCAUGCUUGCAGAAUGCCGUUCAGCGUACUACAAAGAAUUGAGAUGGCUCAGGGAUCAGUUGUACUUGGCAUACGAAAGUGAGGAAGAUGCGGCAGCUCGCCAGAACUUGCUUACUCCAGAUGACUUUGAGGUCUACUGGUUUGAGCCAGAGAAGUUUGUGGAUGAGGACACCAGGGACUUCCUCCUACGAUGCAUCCGCGAGACGAAUCGACGGCUUGUGGAUGAGAGCCUCGGCGAACAAAGCAUCUCUUUGGAGCUAAUGACACUUGAGGCAAGCAUGAUGUUGAACACGCUUUUCCGCUGUCGUCGAACAGGGACGAAGCUGAAGCAUGACUUGGAUGGCUUAGAGCCUCCCCUUUGGCAACUCCUCACGAACUUUGACAGGAAUCGACAGCUGAAGUCCGCGCUGCAGGAGAUGAACCUCUUUGAGAAAGCAGCCCUCCCAACAGUCUUGAAGAGGCUCAUGCUGAAGCAUGCAACCGCCCAGAUCAUGAUCGAGCUCUUCAACCUGCUCCGGACCAGAGCCGAAAUGAGGAAGUUUAAGGAUACAGCCUGUCAACUUGUCGGCAUGGCCAUGCCGCCGGAGGAGACAGACACAGCAGCUACACCAGGUACAGACGGCACAGCAAGAACCGAAGGUUCCGGCUGCCUGCCCGAUCCGGCACCAACUCCAUCGCUUCAAGCUCCACAAGUUGCGCGUUGCGAGGAAUCAGCUCUGGAGGAGUUGGUUGAUCUGAAGGGCAAGAUGCAGAAGCAGGAGGCCGAGCUCACGGAACUGCGCUCAAAGCUCGCCUCAUCCAUCGAUGUCCGCUUGGAGCGGAAGCAGGUGGAGGAGGAACAGACGCGUGCAGAUGACCUCCAUCGGCAGGUAGUAGAACUGCAGAAGGAGCGGCAGUCACUACGGGAGCAGCUGCGCGAGACCCGCCAGCUGGAGCCCGAGUUGGAGCGGGUGAGGGGCCGGGUCGUCCGAAGCGUGCAGAAGAUCAACGAAAGCCUUCAGGUGCUGCAGGGUGACGAGGCGAAGGCAUCGGGAAGAGCGCUGUCAAUGGCAUCCUUGGACAGCCUCACCGAUUGGGAUGAUGAAGCGGACAGCAUAGCAGGUAGCUUUAGAACCGCCCUCUCGAGGUUGGACUCCCUGGUAGUCGCCCUGCCUUCUGCUGUGGAAGAUGCUGCAGCGGAGAUGCAGCAGCUGAAGCAGCGCUGUGAUGAGCUGGAAACCACCUCCAUGGCUCCGACAGCAGAUCCAGAGGAGCUCUUGUCGCCAGUGGAGAAUAGUCCUGCAGCCAGCAGCGGUGCCUGCACGCACAGAACACGUGCGACUCCAGGCUUGGAUUCUGUGAGGACAGGCGAGGCUGAGUCCCUGGCGCCCUCAGUGAGAGGAUCCGGCGACAGGGUGGAACCAGGCGGCUCAGCCGAUCCAGUGAGUCCAGCUCUAAGCCACUGCCGCGUGGAAAAGCAGGAUCUUGAGAUCAAGCUGGAGCUUGCGAACGAGAAGAUCCGCAAACUCAAGGAGCAGCUUUUGAAACUUCAGGAGGAGCGUGGGGCAGUUCCAGGCACUGAUUGGGAGGGAGACCUGGAAGACUCCGAAGAGAUUCCGGACUUCUUGCUUCCUUACCAAUUGCUCGCGAAGCGGAAGCUGCCCAGAUGGCAGAUCUUGAGCCAGGAUGCUGCCCACAAGCGCAAGAAGCGGGAGUAUCUUCAACACGCCGAGCAGAAGAGCCUGGGCAAAGAGGUUUUGGCAGCUUUUGACUUCCUCGCCCAGACUGCUCCAGCCGGGACGCCAUCGCCUGCUCGCCGGUAUUCCCCAGAGCCGCUGGUGCCCAAAAAGGUCACCGUUUUUAGCUCAGGACUCGUGAGCCCCAUCCAUGCGACUCCAGACCGACUCAGCUCCAGCCCGGCUGGCCCGGCUCCCAAGCCUUCCAAGCCUUCCAAGCCAUCCCGAUCGCAUCGAUCGCCCUCGCCAGAGCAAGUGCCGGAGCCUCCGCGACCCUUGCGCAAGUCUUCACGGCUUUGCAACGCGACAUCUAUUCCAGAAGCCGUCGGCGACGCCCAUUUUCAAGCCACUGCCCCAACCCACGUUCGAGGCAGUGCGAUUUUCAGUAACCCGGCCGCGAACGCGGUUACCGGUAUCAAAUCUCUAAAGGAGAAUAUCUACCAGCAUGAAGGCACACAUCCUCUGAGCCCACUGCAAGGCAUCACUGUCACAGAAGCCAUCACCUCCACAUAUUCCACAACUUUCCCACAUUCCACAGCCUUGGCCUCAGCGGCUCGGACUGAUCACAGCUUUUUCCGCGCAGACACGAGGCACACGAGACAAACAGCCAGUGCCGGAUGUGCCGGCCACGUCAAAAACGUUCCUGGCGCAAGAAGGUCCACAAGAGACCAGUCUGAAGAGAUGCAUCCGAGCCCGAGCAUCUCCCUUCCUCGUUUGCAUGGCCGAGCGAUGACAAGCUUGGCGAACAAGUCGAAGACGUGGACGUCCUUGAAAGAUGUAUGGUUUGAUACGGCAGGAGCACGGCUCGCGAACGCUCGGCGAUCGAGCUCCAGGUCGAGCCGUGCAGAUGCUGAGGCGAGCACGCCUCUGGGCUUCCUGCCAGGAAGCGCCAUGUUUCCGGCAGGCGCAGUGAAAGCAGCCGCAAGAAGUGGCCUCUGA